AUGGGUGGAUCUAAAUUUUAUGUCCUCGCCGAUCUCAUCGGAAAUCACCAUCGCACCCCACAACACCAAAUGGUGGCUCCCACGGCAGCGGUGCUCCAGCAUCUAGACAGUGCCACCAAGCGAAGCAUCCUCGAUGAUGCGGUGACCAAAUUGUCGGACCCAAAUUACGUCGAACUCGCCACACUCGUCGCGGAAGAAGCGCUGGAUACCCAUCGAGAUGACGUGCUCAACUUCGCUGUCAAGACGAUUGCCAAUGACGACACCGACAGAUUCGACUCGUUAUGCGACUUACUCAUCCAGUUUGGCCUAGCCGAUGCUUUUGUCAAGAAUGUGGACGCUUCCAUCGCCGCAUUGGUGCUGCGUCUGCCACGGAACUGGACUCCUGGAUUUGAGAAUCUCGUUACAGACUUUCAAUCGGAAAACACUCAAAAUGGCGAUGACAACGACCACGACCAACCUACGUUGACUCAAUAUUUACGGUUUCUUGAACACUUUAUGCGCUCUCACGCUCAAGUUGCAAGUGAUCUCGACCGUCAAUUGUUGAUGCUUUUGGGUAAUAACGAUGAGAACACAGUGAAGUUAGCUUCUAAUGUUUUACGGUGGCGGAUGAGCGAAUUGACGGUUUCGUUCAAGGAUUUGUGGCAUAUUAUCUCCAGUCUUUUGGCGAGUAUUCACCCCUUCCACCAUACUCAAGGCUACCUUCAGUGGCUUCGCUUCAUCAACGGAAGAGACCUGCUCGCUAAAGAUGGUUUUAUGGAAGAGCUUCUCUGUUCGGAUCAGUAUUGGCAUAACUUAUACCAGGGUUUAGCCUCAGUGUCUGCUGAACACCGUCGUUACUGCGUGUCAAUUCUUCAAAUUUCACUUCAUCACAUCACGUUUGUUGUGGACAACGACUACAUGGUCUGGCACCCUGACCGUGCGGCUAACUACGAAAACUCAUGGCGUCGGUUUAUCACUUACUACGAGAUCGUCGCGUUGGAUACCCUGCUUCACCAAGCGGAGGCGGCAUCGGGAGACAUCAUCCAGCUUCUCGCUCCCGGCUCGCUUGUGAAACCAAGAUGGGGCAUUUGUUUACUUUCGACGGGGUUGAGAGCUACUACUGAUAAUGUUAGACGUUUCGCUUUGGACCUUUUGUUGCAGCUUCCAGAAGAGCUGUUGGCAGUGCUUAGCGAGCUGGAUGCAAUUCUUAAACAGACCAUUCUUCCCUACGCCCUUCAAGCUAGUCACUUUGGCAUCGAUAAGUCGCUGAUGACUUGUCCCUUCGGCGACCUGUGGCAGCUGUUUGUUGCUCGAGCGGUUUCCGUAGAGCCAACGUUGGUACUCCCGCUUAUCACUUACUUUGCUGAAUCCCACGAGCUGUAUGACCCCACCCGGGUGUUCACCAUUGCUGGCAUUGUCGCUGGACUCAAACUGAACGUGAUAGCAUUGGCUCCUCACCGGGAGGCGCUCGCCCUGCUCAUGAGACACCAGGCAGAAACCCCCAUGUACGAUCGAGCCCUUCAGACCCUUAAUCUCAAAUUGCUCAUGAAGUUCCAGUGGAGCGAAGACACUGAAUCGAUGUUGGUGACAUUCGGCCGGUGGGAUAUCAUUGCUCUUUUAGCUGAUGAAAUUCGUCCUCUUUUGAAGAAUCAAUCCUUGACUGACCCCAGAUUACAGGUUUUGGUUGACACUGAAACACCAGUAUCAUCAUCAGAUUUGGCAACUGUGUUAGCAUCGGGUAUCCACACUCUGAAAUUUGAUCUGGAUAUCCUUCAAGAGAAUCUUUCCAAUGGGUUGACAGACGAUUCUCAACUUGAACAAUUGGCCGAAGUACAAUUUGCAAGUUACCCUCAAGUUGUCCCCAAUGAUUUGACUAAGCUUUGGCAGUCUGCUGUAAAUUGUUUAGCGCUGGAAACAUAUGCUGGCGUUGAGAAAGGUGAAUUACUUUUCCGAUUAUUUGCCCAUCUUUACCCGCAUUCAUCAUUUAAACUAGACCCUGAAUUAUUAAUUGGUCUCGCCCUUAUUCCCCACGAAGAUGAGGUGGCAAAACAAGUGAGUGACUUUUACAAGUUGCGGAAUAAGAUCGAUGGAGACUACUGGCAGAUCUUCGCAGCAUCGAUGAACAAAGUGGAGGUCACCCCCGAAUUGAGUGAAAAGGUUUUACCGGCUCUCACAUCCAAUUCAGCCAGUGGGGAUGCGAAUCUUGCUAUUGUGAGAAUUGCAUACAAAAUUCUUCCUUAUGUUUCAAAACAAAAGGUUGCCCAGCUUCUUGCUGAGAUUUGGUUUGAUAUGGUUGCUAGUCGUUUGCAACUCACUCAAAGAGAAUUACACACCACUUUGAUCCAAACUAUCUUGCUGCCGCCAAUUCUUGAAGAAUCUAUCGCAAACUCAGACCUUGCCGAAACCUUGAAGCAAGUCUGCUUUCUGAUCAUGGCACAGUGCCACGGACGCAGAUGCAUUUUCCCUGCUAUGACGCGGGCUUUCCUCGACUUCGAGGGUGUCGACAGACUUGAAUGGGCGGUUGAUGUUUUGGUGAAAGCCCAAUUAGUUGACCAGGGCACUAGUUUCCAAUUCCAGCUUGAGUACUUAUUGCCGAGAAUGAUUGACCAACUUACUGACAAUAUCGACACCAAUGAGUGGUAUCAACAGAUUUAUGGCGAGGAAGAGAUCAGUGCACGCGUGUAUUUGCUCGCGUUAUUCAAUACCAAAUUAUCCUCGCAAUUUGCAAACUCGAUCUACCAGCAUAUUUGGGAAAACCAGCGUGAAUACAAUCUUGUCAAGGUUGACCGCAAAACUGAUGCCAACGAGGAACGCAUCCGAGUUCAGCUUUACCAGAUCCUCGUCAGUUUGAUCGAUUUGGCCGACUUCAAUCCUUUGGAGUACUUUGAUUACCUCUUAGCCCAACCCCUGCCGUGGGUCCGAGUUUACCUCGAAUGGAUUAUUGCAUACCAUGCCGUUUCUGACGCGGCCACCGUUGACGAAUGUUUCAAACGUAUCCUCGACGGUUCCCUCUCUCCAGUACAAAUCACCGGGGUUUUGAGAAUUCUCUUCUUAGCCGCUCAACAAAUGUCCACUAAAGAGGAAUCACAAUUAUACCAACGGUUUGUUCCGCUUGUGAUUACGUUCGCCUCCUCGAACAAGGCGCUGAUUCGUCAUUUCAGUUUAUCAUUGAUUUGCCUGAUAUACGCCGAAGUGAACGACAAGCGUCUCGAGGUUGACGAACUGUUACGCGUAGUUUUAAAAGGGCUUUACGACUCCGUGGCUCAAGUCCACCAACUCAAGACUUAUCGCCCCGGGGAUGCCCAGCUUUGGGACAUUUGUAAUUUGACUUUGACUUCAAUCAGUGGGGAGGUGAUGAAACGGACCAGCGAACGGGACACGUACGAUUGGAUCUCUUCCGACCACUUCCACCGCCUUCUUCUGCCAAGCCACAAAUCUCGCUUGCGCCAUGCCAUUGGUGAUGAAGACCAAGGCCUGUGGAUCAUUACCAAAAAGCCAAACGUCACUAAAAAUGUGGUUACCCAAAACGAUACCAUGCUCCAAACCAAAAGUGGGGCAUGGUCGACAUUUGUCGACAUUGAAUCUGACAAAGGUAGCGACGUUGAACGUAGCGACUUGGUGGUGGUGGCCAGUUUAGUCGACAAGCCGCCCAAUUUAGGGGGGAUCUGUCGGUUGUCUGAUGUUCUUGGCGCGGGCUUGAUGACAGUGGACGAUAUCCGAGUCAAGCAACAUCCUCUGUUCAAGAGUGUUGCGGUUACUGCCGAUCGCUGGAUGCCGAUCACGGAGGUCAAGAUCGACGGCAUUGUCGAGUUCUUACGACAAAAGAAACGCGAGGGAUUCACCCUCAUUGGGCUCGAACAAACCGAUCAGUCAGUACAGUUAUCACCGGCUCUUCAGUUCCCCAAAAAGCUGGUGUUCCUUUUGGGCAAAGAGCGCGAGGGGAUCCCCGGCCAUUUGCUUGCGGAAUUGGACAUGUGUGUUGAAAUCAAGCAAGUCGGGGUUAUUCGACUGAUGAAUAUUCAAACCGCCACCGCCGUUCUCGUUCACGCGUACGCCAGUCAACACUGCUAA